GGGUGGGAGCCGCGUGCCAAGUCUCGAGAGUCGCCGGCAGCCGCGGGACGCUGGGCAAGUGGGAGCCCGCGUGGUCCGGGCCGCGAUGAGCAAUGGCAUCGGUCAAGGUGGCCGUGAGGGUCCGGCCCAUGAAUCGCAGGGAAAAGGACUUGGAAGCCAAAUUCAUUAUUCAAAUGGAGAAAAGCAAAACAACAAUCACAAACUUAAAGAUACCAGAAGGAGGGACUGGGGACUCAGGAAGAGAACGGACCAAGACCUUCACCUAUGACUUUUCUUUUUAUUCUGCUGAUACAAAAAGUCCAGAUUAUGUUUCACAAGAAAUGGUUUUCAAAACCCUCGGCACAGAUGUCGUUAAGUCUGCAUUUGAAGGUUAUAAUGCAUGUGUCUUUGCAUACGGGCAGACUGGAUCAGGAAAGUCAUACACUAUGAUGGGAGAUUCUGGCGAUUCUGGCUUAAUACCCCGGAUCUGCGAAGGGCUCUUCAGUCGGAUAAAUGAAACCACCAGAUGGGAUGAGGCAUCUUUUCGAACUGAAGUCAGCUACUUAGAAAUUUAUAAUGAGCGUGUGAGAGAUCUACUUAGACGGAAGUCGUCCAAAACCUUCAAUUUAAGAGUCCGUGAGCAUCCAAAAGAAGGACCUUAUGUUGAGGAUUUAUCCAAACAUUUAGUACAGAAUUACGGUGAUGUCGAAGAGCUUAUGGAUGCAGGAAACAUCAAUCGGACCACCGCCGCCACAGGGAUGAAUGAUGUCAGCAGCAGGUCUCACGCCAUCUUCACCAUCAAGUUCACGCAGGCAAAAUUUGAUUCUGAAAUGCCAUGUGAAACCGUGAGUAAGAUCCACUUAGUCGAUCUUGCCGGAAGUGAGCGGGCAGAUGCCACUGGUGCCACCGGGGUCCGGCUGAAGGAAGGGGGGAACAUCAACAAAUCCCUCGUGACCCUGGGAAAUGUCAUUUCUGCCUUAGCUGAUUUAUCUCAGGAUGCAGCAAACCCUCUUGUAAAGAAGAAGCCAGUUUUUGUGCCUUACAGGGAUUCUGUUUUGACUUGGUUGUUAAAAGAUAGCCUUGGAGGAAACUCUAAAACUAUCAUGAUUGCUAGUAAGAAUUUUAAGUUCUUUUUCUUCAGCAUACAGUGUUUCGUGUGA